AUGGACAGUAAUACAAGAAACGAAGACGAAUCAUCAUCCACAUCAUCCGAUGAAACUAGCUUCACUUUCGAUGGGCGAGUCCGCGACGAGAUUCCUACCAACGUUGCACAUCUCAAAAUUCUGUCUUCCGUCGACUGGAGUUUUCCCUCGUACGAUUUUUUGGAGCUUGAACGACUUGUACAUAAUGUCACAUUUGAGCAUGGAAUCAAGACGAUAGGCGACUAUGCCUUCAUGUACUGCGAGUCAUUGCGUGAAGUAUCGAUACCUCCAACAGUAUGGAUCAUUGAAGCGGGUGCAUUCUAUGAGUGUGGAUCACUUGUGAAUGUGGAACUACACGAAGGACUUAUUGAGAUUGCAUGCGAGGCCUUUGCUUGCUGUAAAUCAUUGUCUCAUGUGUCCAUACCUUCCACAGUACAGACAAUUGACGAUGAAGCAUUUCGGGAUUGCGCCUCAUUAUGUGUGGUAUCUAUCCCAUCUUCGACCGAAACAGUCGGCGAAAGAGCUUUCGCGGGAUGUGAAAGUCUUCUUGCAGUUGAAUUUUCAAAGGAACCAUCUUUGAAGACGUUGUACAGCUCAUGCUUUGAUGAAUGUCCAGCACUUGUCAACGUGUUCCUUCCUUUCCCUAUCGAAGAUAUAGAAUUCCUCGACAGAGAUGACAGUUCAGCAAUAGCCAAUCGACUUGCAAGCAAGCAUGCUGACGGUAGUCCAUUGUCAAGAAUAGUCAAUAGAUACGCGCAGUUACCGAUCCACAAAUGCUGCUAUUAUUCAUCGAGCAGCACUGCAAGUGAGCUGGAAAAUCUACUCAAAGCGUCCAACGAUAUUGAUAAUCAUCAGAAUGACGACUUUGGAAUGUCUCCAUUUCAUAUUGUUGCAACUUCUGCAAAUCUUCGCGUUGAUUUAUUUCAAAUGCUUCUGGACGCGUAUCCUACUGACGUUCUGUCCCAAAGAGACACUAUAAUGGCAAGACCAUGCUGGACUACCUGCUGGUGA